AUGCGCGAGGCCAUCACGACCAUUUCCCUCCUCAUGAUCGGCAUUUACGCUCUCGGGGUGAUGCUCAUCGAGCUCUCCUUCAUUCUCGUGCCCCUCGUGUUCUCGCGCUUCCUCGUCUUCAUCUUCGCGCCUCUCAUCAAAGCGCUCUCGGUGCGACGUGGCCGCGAUGGCCAAGAGACCGGCAUUCCGCGCUGGGCUGCCGUCCUGGUGUGCCUUCUCGUCAUCUUCCUCUUCCUCGCCAUUUUGAUCCUCAUCAUCGGCUUCACCAUCGAGUCCAUCGUCAGCGAUGCCCACACCUACGUGGAAGAGUUCAAUCACGCCUUCCGCGGCAUCUUCCAGUUCGCCGAGAAGUUCGGCUACACGCGCGAGGAGAUCUACGAGCUCCUGCCCCACAUCAACGUGGGCGAGCUUGCUCUCGAGAUCCUGCAAAGCCUGUUCGAUCUCAUCCCCCAAAUCAUCCUCGUCCUGCUCAUCGUUGUCUACAUGCUGCUCGACAUCGAACUCUCGCUCGACCAGAAGAAGUCCAAGCUCGAGGACAUGAUCGACGUUCAGAUCCGUUCCUACAUCAUCAUCCACGGCAUCGUGUCGCUGAUCGUGGGAGCGGGCACGGCGGUGAUUCUGUUCGUGUUCAAUAUCGAUCUGGUCCUCUUCUUCGGCCUCAUCACGUUCGUCCUCAACUUUAUCCCCAACGUGGGUUCCUUCGUGGCCACCAUCCUCCCGCUCCCCUUCGUCAUCCUCAACCCGCACUUUGCCGUGUGGAAGUUCUUCGCCGUCGGUUUCUGCCUCUGCGCUCUCCACGUGAUCGAGCCCCAGAUCCUGGGUGACCACAUGGAGGUGCCGCCCAUCACCGUCAUCAUCUGUCUGCUCUUCUGGGCCUCCGUGUGGGGCAUCGUGGGCGCCAUCCUCUCCGUGCCGCUGACCACCUCCAUAAAGGUCUAUCUAGAAAAUAUAGACCAUCCAGCGACACAAGCGUUAGCGGGGAUGAUAGUGGGCAAUUUUGGGUUCUUCGACACGUCGAAGGAUGUGCACGAAGACGACUUUACCGAUUCGGAGGACGAGGGCGACCACUACGACGAGCGCGAGGACGAAAGGAUCCCCAUCCUCGCCAAGCACUAG